UUUAAUCGAUAACUUCUGGGAUCAUCAGACAUUCAUUUGAGUUUGUUUACAGUUCAGUCAAUUUAAAAUUAAAUAAGUCAACAACGAUGAAGUGUUUUUGGCUUAUUUCGUUAAUUCUAUCAAUCACAUUGACUUCACAAGUGUCAUCAUUUGAAGUUGCAUGCCGCUAUGAAAUCGAAACAGGAUUUAAUGAGCUGAUUCCAGCAGCUUAUUGCUGUAAUGUCAUUAGCGACCAUCAUCAUGUUAAAGAAGGCAUUUUAUCAAUUUCAUCAGCAACAGGACGUCACUUAGUUGACAAAAAAGACACAGAUGUAACAGGAUUUUGGGUCUAUGGCAGUCAUUUUGACUUUUUUCCUCAAGGAUUGUCCAAAGUUUUUAAUAAUCUGGAAGUGAUUAUUUUUGGUGAUUGUGGAAUUAAAAGAAUUGGAAAAAAUGACCUGAAGCCAUUCCCAAAACUAAUUUGGUUCUCACUUUUUGUCAAUCAAAUUGAGGUCAUUGAAAAUGGACUUUUUGACUAUAACCCAAACUUGAAAUACAUUUCGUUGAGGGACAACAAAAUUUCGAGAAUUCAUCCAAAUAGUUUUGAUCAUUUAGCUUAUUUGGUGACUUUGAGGCUAAGUGGCAAUCUGUGCAUCAAUGUUAAUGCAAAUGAAAAUAGAAAUCAAGUUGUGGAUCUCAUCAGAAAAUUAAAGGCUAAGUGUUCAGCACCAGAAGUUAUAACAACGACUGAAGAAUCAAUAAAUGUCAUGGAAGGCCGAUUUGAUGAUGAAAAUAUUAAAGGAAUGACGUCAAGAUUGGAAAGUAGUGUCUUGAUGGUCACUGUUGCUGCUGUUUUGUGGAUUUGUAUUCAGUGAUUUGAUUAAUUUUUAAAAAAUGUGAUAAAUAAAUUGUUAAAGCUAGUUCAAAUAACUUGUAUAAUUGUAUCCUUUUUUCAUUUAAGGCAAUCCUUCUCAAACUAUGCUUUGCGAUCCUUAAAAAAAACUUUACCUAUUCAGAUCAAUUGUGAUCCAGAGGUGCGCUAGGGCGUUUUGCAGCUAAUGAGAGUUUAACGAGUGAGGAUGUGCCACUCCAACCUAGACCU